CUCAUCUGGUUUCUCCUUCAAAUGAUCAUAUUUAUACUCAACCUCUGAACAAUUCAUCUUUUGAGUAAUUACUAAAAGUCUAAACCCUUUUAACUCAAUCCAUUUCAGAAAUAUUUCUUCGGUAUCUAAUUUUCUUCUUCAUUAAUCUCAAGAAUUAAUUAAGUACUCAAGCUGCCGAUAGAAAUGGAUACAAAGCAAGGAGACAUAAUUUUCAAAUCAAAACUCCCUGAUAUAUACAUCCCUAAUCAUCUUCCUUUACAUUCUUAUUGCUUUGAAAACAUUUCAGAAUUCAGUACUCGUCCUUGUUUGAUCAAUGGAGCCAAUGACCAAAUUUAUACAUACGCUGAUGUUGAGCUCAUUUCAAGAAAAGUUGCAGCUGGAUUUAACAAGCUAGGAAUCAAACAAAAGGACACUAUAAUGAUCCUCUUGCCUAAUUCUCCUGAAUUUGUAUUCACCUUUUUAGGUGCAUCAUAUCUUGGAGCUAUUUCAACUAUGGCAAAUCCUUUGUUUACCCAAGUAGAGGUAGUAAAACAAGCCAAGGCCUCAAAUCCCAAGCUUAUUGUUACACAAGAGUGCAAUUUGGACAAAGUGAAAAGCUAUGCUUUUGAGCAUGAUGUGAAGGUCAUUUGCAUUGACUCGUCGUCAGAGCGCUGCUUACACUUCUCUGACUUGAUUUUAAAUCCUGGAUUCGCUUCUAGUAUCGAACAUGACCUUUCCGAGGUGGAAAUCCAACCGGACGAUAUACUGGCGCUGCCGUUCUCGUCCGGGACCACGGGGCUACCAAAAGGGGUGAUGUUGACACAUAAGGGGCUAGUCACUAGUGUGGCACAACAAGUUGAUGGUGAAAAUCCAACUUUGUAUAUUCAUAGUGAGGAUGUGAUACUUUGUGUUUUGCCUUUGUUUCAUAUUUACUCUUUGGAUUCUGUUUUACUUUGUGGAUUAAGGGUUGGUGCAGCUAUUUUGAUUAUGCAGAAAUUUGAUAUUGUUCCAUUUUUGGAGUUGAUACAAAAGUACAAAGUGACUAUUGCUCCUUUUGUACCACCUAUUGUUUUGGCCAUUGCUAAGAGUGCAAUGGUUGAUAAUUAUGAUCUUUCAUCAGUAAGGAUAGUCAUGUGUGGGGCAGCUCCAUUAGGAAAGGAUCUUGAAGAUGCAGUUCGAACAAAAUUUCCUAAUGCUAAACUUGGUCAGGGUUAUGGGAUGACGGAGGCUGGUUCAGUGUUGGCAAUGUGUUUGGCAUUUGCAAAAGAGCCAUUUGAGAUAAAAUCAGGGGCCUGUGGAACUGUUAUAAGGAAUGCUGAGAUGAAAAUUAUGGAUCUAAACACUGGUAGCUCUCUUCCUCGAAACAAAUCUGGAGAGAUUUGCAUACGAGGUGACCAAAUCAUGAAAGGUUACCUGAAUGAUCCUGAGGCAACUGCACAAACAAUAGACAAAGAAGGAUGGUUACACAGUGGUGACAUUGGCUACAUUGACGACGACGACGAGCUUUUUAUUGUGGAUCGAUUGAAGGAAUUGAUAAAAUACAAAGGAUUUCAAGUGGCUCCUGCUGAACUUGAAGCACUUCUCCUCAACCUUCCUUAUAUUUCUGAUGCUGCUGUUGUCCCCAUGAAAGAUGAGCAAGCAGGAGAAGUUCCAGUGGCUUUUGUUGUUAAAUCCAGUGGAUGCACCAUUACUGAGGACGAAAUCAAGGAUUUUAUCUCAAAGCAGGUGAUAUUUUAUAAGAGAAUAAAGCGAGUAUUUUUUGUGGAUGCGGUUCCUAAAUCUCCAUCUGGCAAAAUACUUCGAAAGGACUUGAGAGCCAGUCUAGCAGAUGGGCUUCCAAAUUAACAUCUUGGGCAUUGGGCCCAAUUAGGGCACUAAAGCCCACUAUUUCAACCUAUUUGGUAUGCUUUAUUUGGUGGAAUUUGCAUCUAUACUCGCUUUUUGGGUCACGUUUUAACUUGUGCCCGCUUUGCAAAAAACUUGCAAGCGUAUCCACUUGUCCGCGUAACUUCAGCAUACGGGGCUGAAGUAGCAAAGGCAAUCACGCAAAACUUCAGCAUUCUAGUAGACGAGC